UCGACUCCGACUUCGACUUCGACUUCCGUUCCAUUUCCUUCUCCGGAAAGCGUAACGAGCCGCCCGCCCGCCAUGGUGGAGACCCGCCGGAGCGCCGCCGCUGCGGCGAACCCGGGCGGACGAGGGAAGCUCGGCCGUGGCAGGAGCAAGCGCCCGGUGGCGCCAUCCUCCGCUCCGCCGCGGCCGGCGCGGACCAAGCGAAGCAAGGCGGAGGCGAAUGUGACGGCGGAGCAGCCGCUGCAGGGGCGGCCGUGGGCGAAGAUGCUGUCGCAAAUCCCGCAGCAAGGAGGUCCAUGUGAGUUAGAGGUCACAGGUGAAAGUGGUCUGGUUGUAGUAAAUGGAACACGCGUCAUCCAAGGUGCCAAAGUUCCCCUCAGAAGAGGGGAUGAGGUUGUUUUUGGUCAAAGUGGCAAGCAUGCCUAUAUUUUUCGGCAUCCUCUGAGGGAUGCUGAAGUUACUAGAGCAGGAUCUGCCCUUGAAAAUCAGAGUGAUCCUAAUCCAUCAGCCACUUCAUCUCUGAGCGCAUGGCAAGCCUUUAAGGAUGGGUUGAAACAAGGAAUUGUUAGCCCCGAGGAUAUUGAUGUUACCCUUGAUAAUUUCCCAUAUUAUCUCAGUGAGAGUACAAAGGAGAUGCUCUUGUUAUCUGCAUUCAUACACAUGGAAAGGGAGUUCAAUAAAUGUUUACAAAAAAUUUCUUCUCUAAAUCAGCGAAUUCUUUUAUCUGGUCCAUCAGGGUCUGAAAUGAAUCAGGAAACAUUGACAAAGGAGCUUGCAAAGCAUUUUGAUGCUAGACUUCUCAUUCUUGAUUCUCUUAUGCUGUGUGGUACGUCUUCAAAGUUCCAAGAGGUCCUAACGGAUAUCAGGAGCAAUGAUGCACUAAGUUCUAGUCCAGGAGCUGAUGUGGGAACAUCCAACAAAAACACUUGCAGAGAAGGAGAUAGGUUAGAGUAUAUUGGCGAUGGUUCCGUAAAGUCAAUACCCAGUGCUUAUUAUUAUCGAGGCAAAGUGGUGCUUGCUUUUGAAAAAAAUGGGUCAUCUAAAGUUGGAGUUAGAUUUGACAAUGCUAUCGAAUAUGGCAAUGAUCUUGGAGGCUUUUGUAGUGCUGUUGAACUUCAGCCAGAGUCUUCUGGUGGUGAAGAAGUUGAUAGCCUUGCUUUAGGCAAGUUAAUUUAGGUCAUUUCAGAAGAAAGCAAAAACAGUAAUUUGAUUGUAUUACUAAAGGAUGUAGAAAAGUCAUUUACCAAAUGUACAGAAUAUCAUGCAUCACUGAGAAGUGAACUUCCAGCUGGUGUUCUGAUAAUUGGGUCUCACACUCAGGGAGGGAGCUGUAAGGAUCAGCCAGCCAUUGGAAGUGCUACAGAGAAAACAAAUCAUCUACAUGAUCUUUUCCCUAAUAAAAUUCCCAUUGAACUUCCCCAGAAUGAAGCACAACUAUCGGAUUUGAAGAAACAACUGGAACACGAUACUGAAACCCUUAAAGCUCAAGCCAAUACUAGCAAUAUUCGUAAGUUUCUAAUCAGCAGAGAAAUUGAAUGCAAUGAUCUUGAGGAAUUAUCCAUCAAUGACCAAUUACUGACUACUGAAAAUGUGGAUAAGAUUGUCGGAUAUGCAAUUAGCCAUCACCUUCAACAAAUUAAACCCCAAAAGGGUGGCAAAAUGGUACUUCCAAUUGAAAGCCUCAAGCAUGGAUUUAGUGUUGUACAGAGCACGCACAGAGGAAAUAAGAGCUCAAAACAUACACUAAAGGAUGUGGACACAGAGAAUGUGUUUGAGGAAAUCGUUCUUUCAGAUGUAAUAUCAUCUAAUGGCACUGGAGUAAGCUUUGAGGACAUUGGAGCCCUGGACAGCGUGAAAGAGACACUGAAGGAAUUGGUGAUGCUCCCUCUACAAAGACCUGAAUUGUUCACUGAAGGGCAGCUAAGAAAGCCUGUGAAGGGAAUACUGCUCUUUGGACCUCCUGGAACAGGCAAAACAAUUAUUGCAAAAGCGGUAGCUACUGAGGCAGGUGCAAACUUUAUCAACGUGUCAGUAUCAAGCAUUAUGUCAAAGUGGCUUGGAGAAGCAGAGAAAUAUGUGAAGGCCAUUUUCUCUUUGGCUAGUAAAAUAUCUCCUGCAGUAAUAUUUGUUGAUGAGGUUGACAGUUUGCUAGCAAAGAGAGAAAGUGCAGUCGAGCACGAAGCAAUGCGCAAGAUGAAAAAUGAAUUUAUGGUAAAUUGGGAUGGUUUGCGUACUAAAGAGCAAGAACGUGUAAUCGCUCUUGGAGCUACAAAUAGGCCAUAUGAUCUUGAUGAUGCUGUUAUCCGAAGGUUUCCUUGCAGAUUAAUGGUGAGCCUUCCUGAGGCAUCAAACAGAGAGAAGAUUUUGAGAGUAAUACUAUCGAAGGAAAUUUUGGCACCAGAUGUGGACCUCAAAUUAGUUGCCAAUAUGGCUGAUGGAUAUUCAGGGAGUGACUUGAAGAAUCUUUGUAUUACUGCGGCUUUUUGCCCUGUUCGUGAAAUCAUGGAGAAGGAAAAAAAGGAGAAGAGUUUGGCGAUUGCUGAAGGUAGGCCGCCAUUGUAUGGAAGCAAGGACAUUCGCCCAAUUAAAAUGGAUGACUUCAAAUUUGCGCUUGGCCAGGUGUGUGUUAGCUUUUCAACUGCUUCAAGAACCAUGUAGUUGAACAAUGAAUGGAUCCUACAAAAACAACAGCAUCUGUACAGUUGCUAUACUACACCAUGGGCAUGUUCUCGCAAGUCAGUGUGCCCCAAUCAGUUACAGUUUAGGAGUUUUUCCUCUGCUCCAACAUUCAGGAGCAACUGCCUCAGACGCUCCCUUAGCUAGAUUGUCUACUAAAGAAUGAUUGUGAUGAUUUGACAUGACACUCCCCUGUUCAUUGCCCUUUACCCUAUUCCUUUCUUUUUUGUUCUCCUGCUAAUUGUACAAAUUGGUAAAGGCCUUGUGGAUGUAAAGAACCGAUUCGAUUGAUUGUUGCACAUAUACAGAUUGUCUCCGUUACAUCCCAAA